AUGUCCGCUCGUGUCCCGGCCUGGAAGCGAUUGGGCCUCAAGCUCAAGGGAGCAUCCGACGAGAGCCCUGUCUUGAGCUCAACCGGUCCCAAUGCCAAUUCCGCUUCGCAAGUAAACGGCAGCCCUGUGAGCGCGCUCAAGAGAAAGCAACCACUAUAUCAGUCGCCGGCCAACAGCUACAACAGCAAUUCGUAUGCGCAAACUCCCAACAAGAGGUUCCGAGCCGACGAACAAACUCCUGGAUCACAAAGAAAAUCUGUGUCCUUCACAGCGGACACCAAGAAGACAUCCGUCGAACCAGCAAAGAAGGCAAAGAAAAAGAAGGCCAAGAAGCCAGCGCAACCUGUUGUCAAACCCGAGACGAACCUUGAACCAUCCCUCGAUUACCUUCGCCAGUGGCACACUGCGCGCGACUCGUGGAAGUUCAACAAGAACCACCAGACAUUGCUCAUUAAGUAUCUCUUUGACGGCGACAAGAUCCCGUCAUCCGAUAUUCCAAUUUUCUACCAAUAUAUCAGCGACCUCAAGGGAGGCGUGCGGACGAGGUUACGAGAGACGGCGGUGGAGAUCAAGAAGAAAGAUAUGGAGCAGGGUGUCAGCGCUUUCCCUGCCGACACCAAGGACAAGGCCACCAAGCAGACAGAGUACGAGGAGGUUAUCUCGCGAUUUCUUGAGGACCUGCAACAGCAUCAAAAGCAACGUCGGUCUACUGGUACCAAUGCCAAUGGCAAGCGCCCAUUAGAGGAGGUACAAUAUGUCAUCAGAACCGUGGACCCUCCGGUCAAGCAGCGAGCACUGAGGCGCAUCCGCGCUGAGAUCGUGGCCGUAGAAUUAGCGUCGGACAGUGAGGAGAGCACCACAACAUCGACAGCCGCUGCGUCAACUAUCACUUCUUCCUCUUCAUCAUCGUCAGGACAGGAGAACGCAGUCGCAGACAAGAGAACACGCAGUGACGAUGAUUCACAACAGCCUGCCAAGAAGCGCAGACUGAGAAAAGUACGCAAUAUCAGCGAUGCUGAGAGCAGCAGCUCGUCCGAGUCGGAAAGUGAUAGCUCUGACGACGAUGACGAUGACGAAGAUGAGAACAUGGCGGAUGCGCCGAAUGGUAAGGAGGAUGAGGAAACGAGUAGCAGCAGCUCGUCCUCCUCCGAGUCUUCAUCAGAGGAUGAGUUUGAUGAUGAAGAGGAAGCAGAUGAUGGGAGCGAUUCUGACAGCAGCGAAAGUAGCGAGAGUAGUGAGAGUGAUUCGGACUGA